AUGGUAGAGUCAAGCCAAAAACUUCCAUUUGAAAAUGCCUCACUUGCCGAAGUUGACCCAGAGAUCGCAGACCUUAUUUAAAAGGAGAAACAUAGACAAUUCAAGGGAAUCGAGCUUAUAGCUUCAGAAAACUUUACAUCAAAGGCCGUGAUGGAGGCAUUAGGAUCCUGCCUCACAAACAAAUAUUCAGAAGGAUAUCCAGGUAAAAGAUACUAUGGUGGCAAUGAGUACAUUGAUAUGGUUGAAAGCUUAUGUUAAAAAAGAGCACUUGAAGCAUUUGGAUUAAAUCCUGAAGAAUGGGGAGUUAAUGUAUAAGCUCUCUCAGGAUCCCCCGCCAAUUUCUGUGUCUAUACUGCUCUUCUUGGUCCAGGAAAGAAAAUCAUGGGUUUGAGUCUUGCUCAUGGAGGUCAUUUGACUCAUGGUCAUCAAAGUGAGACUAAGAAAGUAUCAGCAUCUAAGGAAACUGGUUUGAUUGAUUAUGAGGCUCUUGAGAAGGCAGCAGAAGAAUUCCAACCAAAUAUGAUUAUUUGUGGUGCCUCAGGUUAUCCCAGAGAUUUCGAUUAUGUUAGAUUUAGAGCAAUCGCAGAUAAAGUGGGAGCUUAUCUUUUAUCUGAUAUUGCUCACACUAGUGGUCUCAUCGCUUCAAAACUUCUUGCCUCUCCAUUUGAUCAUUCAGAUGUAGUAACAACUACAACUCACAAAAGUUUGAGAGGUCCUAGAGCUGCUCUUAUAUUCUAUAGAAAGAAGUAUGAAGAGGCAAUUAACUUUGCUGUCUUCCCUCAACUAUAAGGUGGUCCACACAAUAACAAUAUUGCUGCAAUCGCUGUUCAGCUUAAAGAAGUCAACUCUGAGGCUUUUAGAGAUUAUUCAAGAUAGGUUAUUGCUAAUGCCAGAGCACUUGGAUUAGCUCUAUCUGAAUAAGGGGAAAAGUUCAUUACAGGAGGCACUGAUAACCAUUUGCUUAUGUGGGAUAUGAGACCUCACGAUUUAACUGGAGCUAAGGUAGAUAAAUUAUUGGAUAAAGUCCACAUCACUACUAACAAAAAUUCACUUGUUGGAGACAAAUCUGCCCUUAACCCAGGUGGUGUCAGACUUGGAACUCCAGCUGUUACUACAAGAGGAAUGAAAGAAUCUGAAAUGGUUGUUAUCGCAGGAUUUUUAUUAAGAUCAGUAGCUAUUGCAAAGAGAAUCUAAGGAUAAGUAGGAAAGCAACUUAAGGAUUUCCUUCCAGCUCUUGAAAAUGACGAAGAGAUUGAUCAAUUAGCUAAAGAUGUAGAAAAUUUCGCCACUCAAUAUAGCAUUCCAGGUCUUUGA